AUGGCCACUGCUCUCAUCAUGUACCACUGCUCUGUUUUUAUCUGGUACUUUUUCCUCACAUAUACCAUUUUUACAGUCAGUGCAAAGGAGACGCCAGAUGGAGUUUUCGUGUACGGUGGACAGUGGAAAUACUUGACAGUACUUAAUGUGGUUUUACAGACUUUGUUCUAUGCUGUCACAUUUCUGACGGAUCUGCUGCUUCCAAUAAGAGGGAUUAAGUUAGUUCAGUGUGUUAUCUAUUGCAGAGACCUUCUCUUCUCUGUUCUGGCCUUUCCAGCAGCAACUUUUGUGUUUUUAUCCUUCUGGGCAUUGUACUCAUAUGACAGGCAGCUGGUGUACCCUGAGGGUCUUGACGCAAUCAUACCACAAUGGCUUAAUCAUGGUAUGCACACGGCUGUCUUCCCUAUUGCUGUCUUGGAAAUUGUAACCUCUCCACAUCGCUAUCCCCCAAAGAAAAAGGGACUCCUCUUCUUGGGAAUUUGUUCAGUGUCCUAUAUAAGCUGGGUAAUAUGGAUUUACUUGACUGAUGGAAACUGGGUUUAUCCUUUCCUUGGAUUACUUACACCUUUUGGAUUUACAAUAUUUUUUUUAAGCAGUCAUAUAUUAGUUUCAUGUGUUUAUAUUGUUGGAGAAACUUUUAACAAUCUACUUUGGGAUGCACAAAUGAAGAAAAUGAAAAUAUAAACCUCCCUCGCAUAGCGCUAUAUAAAGAAAGGAUAUCGACGAUACUAACAUAUCAUUUUCUAUAAUGCAGAGUCACGUAGCAAUCAAUCAUCACAACGGCAUUUGGAAUUGGUCUAUUAAAGAAUAAAGAAAUGUCCAGAGCCUAAACCAAGUCCACUUAUUAAAAGGAAAACUACAUUUUUUGUGCUUUGUGAACUCAUUAUUAUGAUUUACAAAUGUACUUAACAAGGAAAAAGGUCAAAUGUGUUUCACGUUAUCUGCUCCGGAAUAGAUUUAUGUAAGAUUAAUUGUUUAAGUUCUAAGUAGAUUACUAGUAUUAAUAAUUUAUGCUAUCUACAGGGUGUUAUGCCUCACAAUAUUAUACUCCUAAUUUGUUCACAGCAUGCUACAGGCUAUGGAUAAAAUCGGCAGGUAGGGGGUGGGGAAGAAUAUGAUGUCUUACACUAUUUAGAGUUAGACCAUCAGGCAAAAGAGGAAGAGGCUUAGCGACUGGAUUCUGGUGUACAUGUAAGAGUGCAGCCAGUGCUUUCUCCUGCUACUCAGUGGUACGCAGUACUGACCCUUAUUUGUAUUAUUUUGAAUUCUAAUAACUAGUUAUGGAACUGGAAGAAAUCUGUUAUUUCAUAAAUGAAUGAAUUAAGCACCUCAAUAGUUAUCCAGCGUAUGGAAGCUGCUAUAAUUUUUGCAUCACUUUGUAACUAUAGGAGUGUUAACACCUUGCAGUUAUUACCAUGGUGCAACAAAGUUAUGUGCUGGAUCCUGAAAUUAAAAUCACAAUUGUGCUACAUACUCUAUCAACAUUCAGAAUCCCCAUCACUACUUUGUGUGUCUGUCAGGGGAAGAACUACUGUCGGUGCACUGUAUCGGAGCCCUUGGGGCCUGCUGGUGACAGUGCCAAUGCCAGCAAUUUGUUUCUCCAGGUCCGAGUCAUCUGAUCAUUUCAGCAGGGUUCGACUAACCAGUAGAGAGUCAUCGGACUGACACUGUGAUGUCAGAGUAGUAGGUAUAGUCAUAUUCAGCAGGAAGGAUGACAGUAGGAAUAGUCCUACAGCAGAAUUCUGUGUGUGCUUCCAGUGUCUGUGCUGUGUGGCUGGCGGCAGGAGGCUGUUGGACCCAAAGAGAUGCAGGCAGCACCUUGUGGUGCCAUAACUGAUGUAGCUGCCACAGUGAGCGCAAGGGACACAUGCAUCACAAUGGUAAGGGCUGGACUGUGUCUCUUCCCCCUGACCCCCUCUGCCACCCCAUGCCACCCAUUGCAUUAAUCUAUCACCUUCUGCCUCUUUCUUGUCACCCUCUGCGUCCCCGUCACCUUCUGCCUCUUCGUCACCCACUGCAUUACUCUAUCACCAUCUGCCUCUCCCUGUCACCAUCACAUUUUUCUAUUACCCUCUGCCCCCCCAUCACCUGCUGCCUCUCCCUUUCACCCACUGCCUCUCCCUAUCACCCAUUGCAUUCCCCUAUAACCCACUGCCUAUCCUUGUCCCCACUGGUGUAUCAUUACCGGAUUAAUUUCUGCCAGGAGUCCCAAAGGCAAAUACUGUUAUUUAUAACAUUUUAAUAUAAAGUUUAUGUACCAAUAUACUGAUAUAUACCAAUGUGCAAGCUGUUUUCAUGAAAUUAGCCUGACUAUUCCAAGUCAUUCACAGUUAAAAUUGAUUCGCUAUCCAUCACAUGAUACCGCAGAUUCUCCACUUAAUCUGUGGUGCACUAUUCACUGCUACAAACUGAGCUCCAUUUAGACUCCAUCUGUACAGACCGUCCACUUGAUAAAAAAAAUGUAUAAAAAUUUUAGGUCAAAUUACAAUUUUUAAUGCAGUGCUUCAGUGAUGUCACUGGUUUCUAGUGUAGGCUGUAUCCUAUCCAUGGUACGAAAUUGCUGCACACACAGGGGAAAAACAAAACAAGCAUACAAGCAAAACUAUUUUAAAUACUGAAUAGUGGUUAAGUCCACGGAAUUGGUGUACAGUACCCACGGUGUGCCACCGAUAUGCUUGGCUGUGGAUCAAAACUAGGUGGUGUAACUGGAAUGGAGCUUGUGAGGCUUGGACUUUAGUAGUUAGCAAUUGGACAUUCACUGGAAUUGGACCAGCUAUUCAAGAACUAGUGAAGCACAGACACUGGGAUUGAACCAGCUAUUUGGGAAUUGACAAUGCAGAUGCAGGGAUUGAACCGGCUAUUCAGGAACCUGCAAUUCAGACGCUGGGAUUGAACCAGCUAUUCAGGAACAGAUAAUGCAAUUGACACUGGGAUUGCACCAGUGAUACAGGAAACGAUUUUGCAGUAGAUUCUGGGAUUGCACCAGCGAUACAGGAACAAAUGCUGUGGUUGACACCAAUGUUAGAGGGUAUCAGACUGGAACCAAUGGUAUACUGGAGCCAGUAGUGCAGAAAGGUGGUAGUUGCACAUAAAGCCUCUGAGAAAUAUAAUUUACAAAAGCUCUCAGCAGGUCAAAACACAACAAAGCACUGACAAUUUGGGAGUGUCCAGGAAGAAUCCUAUAUACCCAUGGUGGGCCAUGAAGUGGAGGAGAGUGUCAUGUGAUUGCAGGCUGUCUCCUAUUUGUUGUUUGUACAAUCACUUGAUUCAGACUGUCAUGGCUGCACCUAUCACUGAUUCUGGAUUGAGCUCUGUGGACAUGCAGAGAGAAAGACAAGCACUAAAGGACUGAUAGCAAUAUAUUCACAUGAUCACUGCUGCUCUGCAGCUCUGGACUACAAACACUGCUGUAAUAAGAGAUUCCUAGACAGAGAAACUCUCAGGUGCAUAAUCAGCCUGGAAGGUGAUUCACAAGUUAGUAACACAGAGACAUGCUGCAGAUUGUAUGCUGAGCAGUGGAUGCAGUCAAUACACCGGCUGUCAGGAUCCCGGCGCACAGGAGAUUGACUCCUGAAUCUCGACAGCCAGUGAUAUACCGCCAGCCGGAAUCCAGACAAACGCUCAGUAUUCCCACUUGGUUGGUGGGUCCAUGCCACCAACCAAGUGGGAAUAGAACCUGUGGCGAGAGAAGUGAGCUACCGGGCCCAAUGUGUGGGGAGCGCAGCGAGCCCACAAGGGGAUUUGCUGCCUCGCUGUCAGGAAUCCAGCAGAUGGGAAUCCUGUUGCCGGGAAACUAGUAGAUUAUGAGAGAAAUAAGUCAGGAUUGUGACACUGUAUAGAUGACUAAUGUUCUGUGAAGGGGCUUGUACUUUGGUGCAAUCAAUUGUGAAAAUUAUUAUUUAUUGAAUUCAACGAACCCUGAGCUAAGAAAGCAGCUAUGGUGGUGGCUGAAUGAAUCCAUUGGAACCACUGCCUAUGAAUAUCAAUGCUAGGGACCUUUGCUGAUAAUCCACCAAACAGUAGUAACCUCUGUGUAAUGGAGAAGAGAUAAAUCUGACAUUGGGUAGAAUUGAUCUGUGAUUCAUGAUUGGAAGAGGGCAGACAUCAUUUUUAGUCCUACAUUGGACUUUCCUCAGAAAUGAUUACUAAAGCUAGAAGCAAAGCUCUCCUGUAUAGAGUCAGGGCUGUCUUAAUAGCAUUGUAGGCCCUAUCCCCUCAUUCACAGGAAUAAAUAAAUAGAUUACCCCUCCUGUGGUCUUGCACUGUCUCUCCUCAUGAUUUCAUACCGUGAAUGGCUGUCAGCAAUUUGAUUGGUAAUUAGUUCGGCCCAGCCUGCCCCCGCUUGAAUGCCCCUAGAACCAUGGGGCCCUGGGCAGCUGCCCAGUGUGCCUAUACGUUAAGAUUGCCCUGUAUAGAGUUCAAGCAAGAAAAACAGAGAAAGAUCGAUGGGGAACCAGUGGCCGAGCUGUACGUAGCUGAUUAUGGACAAAAAGUAUCUUUGCUUCAUAACCAUAAAGAGAAAUAACAAGACAAAGGGCUAAAUGUGACAGGCAUUACUUGGGCCACAAAAAAGGGUUAUAUACAUUUUAAUAAAGGUCAGAUAAAAAUCACUCAAGGAAACCUAUUCUGAAACCAAAAGCAAGUUAUUCAUAUAUUGAAUGUAAUAGAAGUAAGGGUUUGUUUUGCUGAAAAUACAGUAGGUGUGACAUAUGUGGUAAGUGCUAUGGGUGACAUGAGUAAUCUUCAGAACAUGAUUAAUAGUCUUUAUAUAUACUUCUCACCAGUAAUUGUGCAAAAAAGUAAGAUAUUUUAAGGAGUAUGUGUCAUAUUCUAAAAAGUGAGAGAUCAAUGGGUUUAUCAUGAAGAAUUCCAGUACAGCACAUCAGUUGUCAACCACUGGUUCCCGCUACUCAGUUGAAGCCUCACCAGCAGUGCAUGUUUUCUGUUCAGAUAGGUCAGUCAUCGCAGUAAUGAAUAUAGUCAAUUAUAACAAUGAGAUUUAUAAUAAAGCUGCUUCUUUUUUGUGUCUCUAUGCACAUCAUUCAAUCUAUGAGGUUUGUAAUAGGCAAAAUAAAAUCUAAUCUUUUCAACAUUGUAAUAUAAAUAAAGCCAGAAGCAACAAUUUUAGAGAUGGUUUAUAUUUUCUUGGAUGCCUUUAUUGUGAUUUGCUAUAUUGCAGUAUAUUUGAACACCAGUGUUAGAUGUAGUGUAAUGAGGAACGCAAGCUAAUCUUUCUAAAGUAACUAGCUAUAUAAUGACCUUGAUUUGCCAUGUUACGUCUAAUGAGCAUUGUGAACAUAUAACCUGUGUCAAACAGUUAGAUUCUGUCUCUGGUGUAAUUAACAUUGAGAUUGUUCUUCAUAUCUUCUUCUAUGCAAUUCUAGUAAUUGUCUGAGUUUAGACCUCGAAAAAAAAAAAAAAAGACCAAAUCUAUGAAUAUUAUUACAUACGCGCUUUCAAUUACAUUUUUCGGCAAUGAAGAAUC